AUGGGAUCCAAGAAAAGAUCAGCGUCUGAGACGAAGAAUGAAAGAGCACCCAAACUGAGCAAGAAGGAAAAAUCCGUGGAAGAAGCUGCGGAAAAAACAAAACAGGAGUUAUCUACUUCUGAUUCUGAUUCUGAUCGCUCGAGCUCUAGUUCCAGUUCCAGUUCCUCAAGUAGCUCUGACUCAAGCUCCGACUCAGACUCAGAUUCGAGCUCUGAUUCCGAUAGUUCCAGCUCAAGCAGUUCUGGCUCUAGCUCCAGUUCUGAUUCCGAUAGUUCUAGCUCUAGUUCUAGCUCUAGCUCUAGUUCUAGUUCUGAUUCCGAUAGUUCUAGCUCUAGCUCUAGCUCUAGUUCAGGCUCUGAUUCUUCUUCAGAUGAGUCUGAGAGCUCAAGCUCUUCUUCCAGUUCGGACUCUAGCAGCUCUAGCUCUAGCUCUAGUUCAAGUUCAAGCGAUUCAAGCGACUCAGAGAGUUCCAGGUCGGAUUCUAGCGACGCUGAAAAUUCUGGAUCCAGCUCUAGUGAUUCAGAUUCCUCCGGCUCUAGCUCCUCCGAUUCGUCGUCUGACUCAGAUAGCUCAUCUACUGACUCAAGCUCAGGUGAAGAAUCUGACGCCGAAUCAAAAGAAUCAGGUAGUAAAUCAGUUGAGGCCAUUAGUGAUGGUUCCAAUUCCUCAUCUCGUACCGAGUCGCCUGAUAUUCCAGAGAAAAGCAGGGAUACUCCUAUAUCUGCCGGCGAGGAUGUUUUGAAGCCUGGACAGAGAAGCCAUUUCUCUAGAAUUGAUAGAAGUAAAAUUUCAUUUGAGAAUUCAAAACUUACGGACAAUACGUAUAAAGGUGCUGCAGGUACCUGGGGUGAACAGGCAAAUGAAAGGUUGAGUAAAGUUCGCGGAAAAGACUUUACAAAGAACAAAAAUAAAAUGAAGAGGGGAUCAUAUAGAGGGGGUACAAUCAAUAUGAAUAGUGGUUCAUACAAGUUUCAAGAUUAA